AUGGUUGUUGGGCCAUACUUUCCUAGCGAUGUCCCUAUACUCCCUCAGAAUAACCCACCUACAUAUACCCCCAGCGACGCUUCAACCUACUCCCCUACUAGUACCUCCACAUUCUCUGUUUUCCCUCAUCCUGUCCCUCCACCUAAUUGUUUAGUGCUGGCUGGAUAUGUUCUCCCUCCGUUUAAUCCAUACAUCGUACCUGGAUCAGGUCCGCCACCUAAGACAAUCGGACUCAAUAAUAUGUUCUCGUCACAUGAAGAAACGUAUAUGCACAAGAUGAGAUUUGCGCUAGAAGAAAUGGAUAGGAAGUACAGCUUUGUUCGAGACGGUUCUUUCUUGGACCUCGGUUGUUGUCCAGGCGGCUUUUCAACGUACAUCCUAAGCAAAUAUCCCAACGCGCAAGGGAUGGGCAUAUCCCUUCCAAUCGAAUACGGUGGACAUUCGUUGGCCGUUCCACUUCAUUUACGAGAUCGGCUCCAGGUCCACUGGGCCGAUGUGACCAUGUUCGACCAUGCUCCUUCGUUAGUUCAAGGGUUUUGGGAUACAACCAUAUUUCAAACAAGUCCCGUUCCCACGCGAGCGUUCGACUUUGUGAUCGUAGACGGACACCAACCACCCUCCAUGCUCGCUGGUGACCCCCGCGAAUCUUGGGGCCGUGACAGACUGUUAAUUUCGCAACUUUUGGCUGGAUUGAGAGCGAUCAAACCAACCGGAACCUUGUUUGCCAAGUUGAGUCUUCAAGUGUCAGUCCCGCUCAUGGAGCGUAUCGUCGUUGCCCUCAGUCGCCUCACCCCCAUUCCGCUUCGCGCCGUCAAACCUACAAGUAUAUAUGCUACGGCGGGAACAUUCUAUGUCCUUCUUCACGCACCGAUCCCAUACCUCUGUGAUCGACUCAUUAGGAUUUUAGAAGGUCUAUGGUAUUUUAUGACAUUUAGUGGACCAAACCAUUUUGGAAGAGGGUUGAAGGAGAGCGAUAUGGACCUGAUUGCCACAUACGGAGAAGUAUUGGCUGCGAAACCGAGGUUGAACCUCUUGUUUCAACCAAUUGAGGAGAUUAGGAAGGCUGCAAAGGCCGCUAGGAAUUGA